GGCGGGGCAGUGGGUGGCAGAACUGAAAAAUAAAACCUGCCCCCCAGUAACUGCUCCGUGCCCAGAUACAAGCCCCAUUGAAAAGCUCUGCAUCUCCCCAACCCCGCCUCAAAUCCCCCCCUCCCCUUGUCAUCCUACCCGCCCCAUCCUGCUCUCGCAUCUCCUCGCCGAGGAUCCUUCUUCCCCUGCCUUCGGCCAGUCUCCCAACGCGGACACUUCCUUCUCUCGACAUUGCUGCACGAGAGUGCCAGAUAUCCCCGAAACAGGAUCCCUCAGGCCGAGCUCGCUCGUAUCCCUUGCCCUCCUGAGCGUACCCGGUGCCCCUGCACUCUCGUCUUCCCUUUUCCCAGUCAGAGAGAGAGGAAAGCGGUGAAGCUGAAAGAAGUCCAGACCAGAUACACCGAUCUCCUACGCCUAAGGAGAAAGAUUUUGCCAGAGUAAGCGAGCGACUGUUUCCCCCCUCCUGCUUGGUUCACGUCCCGUGAAUCUGCCCGCCUCGGCCCUCGCACGAGUGACUGCCUAUUGGAGUAGCUGUCUCUUCGCCUGUCGGCCAGCCUUCCCAUACGGCCACCCUCGAGUCAGCGUGUGAACCUGCACCUGUCCCUCUUUCUCCCUCUUCCCCCGCCCCCCUGCCAGCUUCGCCCACGCGAAGCGAAGACCCGUCCUUUCCGUCGCACACACACACACACACACACACAGAUGGACGUUGCUACAUCAUGCAUCGGUGGCGGAGGUCACCCGCAUCCUCUGUCGCCAAUGGCCGACAUCCUGCCGACCGACUUGGGCGACGGGUCGCUGGCGCACUCCUUCCUGUCUGCAGACCGUUCCGCUUACCCCUCCUUCGCAUCGGCCCCUGCGGAUCUGUCCCACUCUUCGGGGUCCGGCCCGUCGCAUCAGUACGACACCUUUUCCUACGGCCUGCCCAACAUCGGCGGUGGUCUCGGCUCGCUGAUGAAUUCCCCAGCGCUUGGUGUCCUCGGCCCGCUCGGGGGGGCUCCCAGCUCCCCCGCCCUCCAGGGUCCCAUGCAGCUCCCGAACUUGCCCGAGGUCGCCACGGGCGACUCGGGCUCCUUCUCCUUCGACAUGGAUUUCCUCGGUGAGCAGGUCCCUGCGGCCGGUAUCGAUGCCGAUGGCAGCGCCGGCAACAUGUCCACCGGCGUGUCGGCCCAUGCGCCGACUGACAAUUUCUUCCUUCCGCAGGCCCAAGAGCAAGACCUGCUCAGCCAUCAGUUGCUCCCGGAGCUGGGUGGAGAUACCCUGUCCUCGUCGGCGGCCGGUCCCACAUCCGGCAACCGCCAGAUCCCACAGCAAUUCUCCUACCAUGACCAGCAGCAGCAAUACCAGCAGCAGCAGCAGCAGCAGCAGCAACAGCGCCAGUCUCCUCACGAUGGCCAAUCUUCGCUGCCAGCGCCCGGGCAGGCCUCCUCAAAGCCCACGAACAAGCCCAUGCAGAAGGCCCAGUCCAAGGUUGCCCAAAGGCCCAAGCCACACCCCAAGCCCCCCCAGUCCAAGCAGCCAGAUUCAGCCAGCCAGGUGCCCUCGCCACAGGGCCCAGCACAGGAGCCUCGGGCCUUUGGCCACCACUAUGGCCUUGGAUCAACUGGUCCCCUGGGCAUCGGGCAGCCGCAGCCGCAGCCGCAGCAGCAGCAGCAGCAGCAGCAGCAACAACAAAACCCCCCAGACCAGCUGUACUCUGACGAGUCCAUGGCCGAUGGCGAUCUCAUGUCAGCCGGCUCGGCUCCCAGCUCGGCUUCACUGCCAGACCCGGAGGCCAUUUCCUCCCAAACCCACGGGUUCCUGGAAUCCUUCUCGCUCAGUGUCCUACCGAACACACCGAAAGAGCGCCCCAUGGAUAGGGCCCCGGCGCGGGGGCCGGGCCACGCGCAAGGCCCGGCCCCCUUGGCACCAAGCCGCGGUCCGAUCCCCCCGCCAACCCUUGCCGCACUUGAGGGAGCCCCCUCCCAGCAGUCGGGCCCUUCGCUGGCCCGAUCGCCUGCCGAGCAGCAUCCCACUGCCGGGUCGACACCGGCAAUGGCCCCGGUCAAGAAUGCUCACCAUCCGGUCAGUGUCAAGGCCGUGCCGCCGGUCAUGGCGCCUCUGGUGUUUACGAGCCCCCCGGAUGGGUCCCAGCUUCCCACCCCGGCGCCCGUGGCCGAAGCCGCUGCGCGGUCGGCUCCGACAGCCGCUCCGGCCUCGACACCAGCUCCGGCCAAGGGCGGCCACGCAGGCGGGACUGGCGCCCCGGGGGCGGACUCCGGUGCCGCGGCCGAAGCCGCUGCCCCGACCGCCGAGCAGGACCUCGACACGGUCAAAAGCAACAGCAGCGAGGUUAUUUACAUCCCGAAGGUGGACCCGCUGUUGGAUGCACUGGACCAGUGCUUCCGAUCGCAGCCGCAGGACAUGGAGCAGAUCGUCUAUAGCGCCCGGUCGACCAUCACCAGCAGCCUGCAGCCAAGCGAGUCGCCCCCUCCGGGGGCCGGAACCGGCGGAAGUGGCGGCGGCUCCGCGGCCGGCUCCACGGCCACCUCGACCGCGACAUCCUCCGGCAUUGGUGGCAAGCGCCCGGCCACGGGCAUGCUAUCUGGGCCGAUCCCCCCGGCGUCGGUGACCCUGCAUGUGCCACCUGGUCCGUCAGUGCCGCCGGAGAUUGCCGAUGCCAUGGCGGCCGCGGUGUCCCAGCAGGAGGCCCUCUUCAUGGCCGCCGGUGGGAGCCUCCCCCUGGAAGCCUCGAGCAUGGGCGGUCUGACGGGCGGGCCGUCGGCUGCCGGGCCGGGACUCUUUGACCACCUGAGCCAGAGUCUGCCCAAGCGCCGGGCCAGCUUCGGCGACUUGUCCAGCAUCCCCGGAGGAGCAGGAGGCCCUGGUGGCAGUGUUCCGGGAGGGUCGCUCUUCCGCCGGAACCUCGGUCUUGGGGAUCUCCACCAUCAGCUGCUGCUCCUGCAUCAUCACAACCCCGGCAUCGGCCUGACCCUGCCGGGGAUGAUGGCCAAUAUGGGGACCUCCUCGCCGGGGGCGGCGGCAGCGGCGUACGCCGCGCAAUUUGCCGCGGUGGCCGCAGCGGCUGGCGGUGUGGCCGGCUACCUGCCGGUCCCGCCGACGAUCUCUCCGGCCAGCAUGGCCGGGGCCGGGCUCCUGGGAGGGUCCUUCUCCGAGGGGAAUUUGCCUCUGGUGGUUGGGGCAGCCGGGGCGGCGACCGUGGCCGCGGCGGCCGGGGCUGUGACCGCGGAUGCCUGGCCGCCAGCCGCCCGACGGAACAGCAUUCAUCACCCGGUGUCGGCAUCUGGCGGCGGCGCCGGGGGCGAGCGUUCGCGCUCGACGUUGGCCCUUGACGACAACUCCGGUCACUAGUAGCAGUAGAGAGAGAGAGAAGGGGACAGGACUUAGAAGCAAAGACACACCGACAGUCGGAUAGGUGACGAUGCUGAGAUUUCUGCUCUUCCCGGCGGGGGCGGCCCACGCCCCCUCGGCCACAGAGGAGAGGGGAUCGGGGGGCCAUGUUGGGAUUUGUCCAAAAGACCGUGGACCAGUCCCCACUCCUGUGUGCGAUGUCUCCGGGGGCGUGCACUUGACUGGAGAUCUUCUCUCUCCCCCUCGCGCGGGGAGGGGGGGGAUGGUCAUCAUCUCCUUUAUUUCGCGCGAUCUCCCUCCUUCGUGGCAUGACUCGAUAAUAAAAAAAAAACAUCACGA